AUGGCAGAGGCAGGAGAUCCCCUGAAGCUGCUCACAGAGGCCAUCACCAAGGGCUUGACGAUUGCGCUCCUCGAUGAAGCAGGCACAGAGGUCUACGGGCUGGGGGAAGCCAAAACGCUGUCAUUCAGACGACCAAGUGGUCAGUCUGUCAAUCUGCCCAAGGACACGGCCACACGAGUCAGAGCAGCCCUGCCAUCGUCAGAAGAAGAGUCAGCAGACCAGAUCGCCAGUGCUGCCAAGCUUGAUCUGCAAACGCUGCUGUUCUGCUGGCUCAAAAGAGAGCUACCGACGGGCGAGUACAUCAAUGCUGCCAUCAGUCAGGGCACCGCUUUCGUCUCUGUCCAACUCAAAGGGGCCGUCAUCGAUCUGCUGCAAGGCAAGGGAGAUCAGUCUGGUCUCGUCAUCCCUCAACCAAGCGAGGGUACAGACGCUCAGGAGGAUGCAGCAAGGGAUGCAAAGCCGAAAGCAAGCGUCUAUGUGCCCAACAGAGCAGACUUUGAGCUCGUCAAGCAACUCUAUGCAUUCACAGAGCCAAUCCAGCUCAUGGACAAGGAUAAAGCCCUCCGGGGUGCAAAACCGCACGACUUUAGCAAUGUUCGCGAUAUGGUCAAGGACAGAAUACAGGCAGUCAAGAACGAUUUGAGAAACGGCGGCAAGGGCCUGUCGGUCACGUCUCACGCGCGUCCAGCGCCAGAGGCACAAGCGCAGAAGCGGAAACGAGGUCAUGACGUGCCAAUCAUCAUCGUCUCGCCCUCACCGAGCUCGCUGGUCACCAUGGCCAACGUUAAGCGGUUCUUAGAGACUUCCCAGUACGAAGUAGGCAGUGAAUCGGACCGUGCGGAAGUACAACAAAUCACACACAAGCGGCAGUUGGGCGCUUUGUCGAAGCAGGCUAUGCUUGCGAAAGGCUCCGGCUCAGAAAAGGAGGUCAAAUAUACUAUCCUCGACAGUGUAGAAACGCUCGAACGGUUCGGUGAUUGGGAUCGAGUCGUGUGUGUCAUGACCACAGGCCACGAAUGGCAAUUCAAAAAUUAUCGAUGGGAAGACCCAAAAGCGCUUUUUCAGAAUGUGAAAGGCGUGCACUUUCGCUGGGCGAACCAGAUCGAUGCCUCUAUGCACGCCAAGCUGAAAUCAUGGAACGUAACCGAAUACCAAUUGCAGCCAAAUCAACGGCACACCGACAAGUCCAUCAUCGCAGAAUUCUGGCAAUCCCUCGAGCAAUGGAUCGCCGCUCACAAACCGCAGCUCAACUAUUAA